AUGGAAGCUCAUCCAGUUCUUCCCAAGAUGAUUGGUGAAACGAUCACCACACCCUCCCCGAACCUUCCGGACUCUACUCUUUAUCCCCGUCGCGACUGGGUCAUCAUCGAAAAGCUGAGUGAGCAUCCACGCCCGGUUACCCCCAAAGAUUUUGACGAUGGAAUGGGCCCCGCAUACACCGCUGGAAAAUAUCUUUGUCGCCUUGCAGGUUCCAGAGGCCAUAACAAGCUUGCCUUUAUGCGCAUCUACAAACAAAUUCCUCUAGCUGCUGGCACUGAACUUGACAACUCGAGCGUUCGCAAGGCACAGGCCUCCAAGCCACGAGACCACGUGGAGCUCCAUGCCUUGAAGCGUCUUACAAAGAACAGGUGUACUGCUACCCCCAAACUCCUUGAAUAUCAAAUUGACAAGCAAGACGAGAACGACCUUGCCCCCGGCGGAUAUAUCAUCCACCUUUUCUGGAGCCUUCCCUACAGCCGACGAGAAAGCAUCCGCAAGAAGGUCAAAAUGGCCUGCACCAAAGUCUCCGGUUUCAGGCGGGCUGACCGCAUCUCCCCAGACACGAAAUGGGACGACUACAACUUUGUGAGAUUUUUGCUAGUUCUCAACUCCCCGGCCCGGUACAAGUACCUUUCCAUCAAGGCGAAGGAUCUCAAAAGUGACAAAACAGUCGCUGGGAGUGGUGAGAAGGAGGAUUGA